UCUUUUUUAAAAAGCCCUCUAUAACAAAGCAUGAAAGCUGGGUAUUGGACACAUCUCUCACAGCAGCUGAGACAGAUCUGCAUGUGACAGUUUGUUACACAGCUGAGCAGAAAAUAACCACGCUUGCUACUUCAGAGACACAACAAGGAACCAAGACUCUUUUGCCAGAUCUACACAUCACAGAGAGACACUGGUAGCUGCAAGAAACAACAUUUAUAACUUUAGUUCUUCAACAAUAUUCAAGGGCUGACAUCUGCUGAUUAACAAGAGUCAAAAUGCAGUCCCCUAUUUAUUUUAUUCUCAGCUGCGGUCUUGUUCUAGCUUCAGGAUACAACUCCUUUCAGAAAAACACAGAAACUAUAGGCAAGAAGCAGUACCAAGUCCAGCAUGGAUCAUGUAGCUAUACUUUUCUUCUGCCUGAGAUGGACAAUUGCCGAUCUUCUUCAACUACCUAUGUGCCUAAUGCUGUGCAGCGGGAUGCACCUCUAGAUUAUGAUGAUUCUACACAAAAACUGCAGCUGCUUGAAAACAUCCUGGAAAAUAACACUCAAUGGCUGAUGAAGCUUGAAAGUUAUAUCCAGGAUAAUAUGAAAAAAGAAAUGGUAGAGAUCCAGCAGAAUGCAGUGCAGAAUCAAACAGCAGUGAUGAUCGAAAUUGGCACCAAUCUGUUAAAUCAAACAGCUGAGCAGACUCGCAAAUUAACAGAUGUUGAAGCACAUGUAUUGAAUCAGACAACAAGGCUGGAGCUUCAACUUCUGGCACAUUCCCUUUCAACCAGCAGACUAGAAAGACAAAUUCUGGAUCAAACAAGUGAAAUAGGCAAACUGCAAGAGAAAAACAGCUUUUUAGAAAAAAAAGUCCUCGACAUGGAAGACAAGCACACACUUCAGCUACAAUCAAUGAAGGAUGAAAAAGAUAAGCUACAGUCACUAGUGUCCAGACAAAAUUCCAUAAUAGAAGAACUAGAGAAACAGCUGGUCACAGCCACAUCCAACAACUCAUUUCUCCAAAAACAGCAACAUGAUCUGAAGGAGACAGUUCAGAACUUGUUCUUUAUGAUUUCUACACCAAACCCAUCCAAAAACGCUUUGGUGCCAACUGAAGACCAGAUCAGCUUCAAAGACUGUGCAGAAGCAUUCAAAUCAGGACUCUCAACCAGUGGAAUCUACACUUUAACAGUCCCUAAUAGUGGAGAAGAGAAAAAGACAUAUUGUGAUAUGGAGACCAGUGGAGGAGGUUGGACAGUUAUUCAACGACGCUCGGAUGGCAGUGUAGACUUUGAUCGAACAUGGAUGGAAUACAAGAUGGGAUUUGGAAAUCCUUCUGGGGAACACUGGCUGGGAAAUGAGUUGGUUUCUCAACUAACAAAUCAGAAGCAAUACAUGCUUAGAAUACAUCUGAAAGACUGGGAAGGAAGCGAGGCGUAUUCCUUAUAUGAACAUUUCUCUCUAGCAAGUGAAGAGCUAAAAUACAAAAUCUACCUUAAAGGACUUUCGGGUACAGCAGGCAAAAUAGGCAGCAUAAGCCAACCAGGAAAUGGUUUCAGCACAAAGGAUGCAGACAAUGACAAAUGCAUCUGCAAAUGCUCCCAAAUGCUAACCGGAGGCUGGUGGUUUGAUGCAUGUGGUCCUUCCAACCUGAAUGGCUUGUACUAUCCAAUGAGACAAAAUACAAAUAAGUUCAAAGGGAUUAAGUGGUACUACUGGAAAGGAUCAGGAUAUUCUCUCAAGGCUACGACUAUGAUGAUUCGACCAGCAGAUUUCUAAAAACUUCUGCACUUUAUAGAAUGUACAUAUUGAAAUAACUGUACUUUGCAAAUUAGGUAUUUUAUUUUCAGAACACAGCGCAACCCUACUGGCUUUCUAUCCUAGGUGACAUGUGGAUGCAUCUUUCAAGAAUCAUCUUAUUUCAGCCCCAAAAUUUGAAAAAAAGAGAAGACCAAGAAAGAAGACAUGCCUGAUGUACUAAUAUUUGGUAAAAGACAAAGUAAAAAAGACUGCCCAAAAGACUUUGUUAUCUUGAAUAUUUACGAUGUUUAUGUAUAUAACUGGAAUUGUGAAAUAUAUGAAACACGUCACUCACAUUUACUUAAGCUUUACAAGUAUCGUUUUAUGACUUACAACUGAAUUUUAACUCCUACCUGAAAAUAUUCUAUCAUGCCAUGGUUGUAAUUAUGUACAUAAAAUAUUUUUGUAAUUUAACUCUUAUACAAUAAAAGACUCUUACUUUUAUUGAUCACAUAUUCAGGGAUAUUUGGCAGCAUGUACUAAUAUAUUUAAUAAUGUUUUGUAAAAAAUAUUUCUAUGUUUUAGGGGGUUUCUUUUUAAAAUUCCAGUACUGAGUGUACAAUGACUAUUAUUUUUAUUGGACAUUUACACCUUUUAAAAACAUUAAUUAUCCCUGCUAUGUAUAGAGUUUCAUUAUGUGAUUCAAUAUACUUUUUAAGAAAAUUGCACUGUUUUUCUUUCCUAGCUCUUUUUAGAUAAUAUCUAAUCAUGACAUUUUUCUUUUGGGGGGCAAAGCAGUUUCUGUGUUUUCUAGCUGAAUUACCUACCAAUGAAAAACUACUUGCAACUUGAAAAUUUCCAUAUUCCUUUACCAAGAGGCAUUUGUCCAGAAAAGAAAUACAAAUAAAAAGUUGUUUUUUCUCUCUCUCA